UUGAUGAAUUUCAUCACAGAAUUCUGGCGCUACGAGAGCCAACCGAAGCUCGUUUACAGCAAUGGAGGGCCAAACUGGGCAGGCAGAAGGAAUGCGAGCAGUUACUAAAUGAUUACCGGGAUUUUGUUACUGCUGGACAUUUAUUCCGCCAUUAUGACCAGACAUACGAAGGAACUGAAAAAACGAGCCGAUGGCUACAAGAAGAUAGCAGAACCAGAUGAAAAGAGUCGAGUGACUAAAUUAAUGGAGGAGGAAUCGUCAGCCUGGAAAGAUGAUGCACCACAAGUAAAAAGAUCGGAAAACAUACUGGAGGAGACUGUGGAACAGUGGAAACGUUUCACCGUAUGUGUGGACAUUUUAACGCCCUGGAUAGAGGAGGGUGAAGCCAAAAUAGCAAGUGGAACAAUGGACGAGAAACAGCAGUUUUUCAGUGAGCUUCCACAGUACGAAGAGAAACAGAAUGUGUUAAUGGAAUGUGGACAAUACUUAAAGGAGACAUGUACUGAACCUGUGGCCGCUGAGGUACAGCAAACUAUGGACGAACUAACGCAAAAAUUUGUCAGUUUAUCAGACGGAUUUACAACAUUCCAGAACGUGGAAGUAAUAGGGAAAGCUCGGUCCUCUUAUAGUGAAGGUGUCGACCGGAUCUCUGACUGGCUACGAAAUGCUGAGGAACUUCUCGGACUCGAGGUUCCUUGUGUACAUUCAGCACUUAAAGAUUACCUACAGGACAUUGAUCUUGUGAAUAAUCAGAUAACUGAUAUGGAAAGUGACUUUAAGGUGACCACAAAAACAGCUCAGUCGUUGGUGAAGGACAGCUCUCAGGAUAUCGUCAAUGAAAUGUUACAUACUCUCAACAUUCAGAAGGAAGUGAUCGUAAGAGUGAGAAAAGAGAUUCCUGAAAAACUUAAAUAUUUAAAAGCAGUGCUUCCAAAUGUAGAAUCUUUAGAGACUGGAAUUUCUGACUUAAAUGCUUGGCUGGAUCAAGGCGAGGCUGUUCUCGCCACACAUAAGAUGGAGGGAAGUCCUCAAGCUACGGAGGCUCGUCUCGAUAAACACAAGGCAUUUUUCUCAGAAGUUACUUACCAGAAAUCCAUCAUGGAAAGCAAAAACAAAGUACACCAAAAAGUUACAUCAACGAAACCCAAACUAGACAACGUGAACUUUGACCCGGUGGACAAACCAAUGGAUGAAACCAAUCAACGAUUCCAGGCAUGCAUCACCACAGCCAAAGACUGGGAGAAGAAACUGGAGAACCAGUCCCGACAAUGGCGGGUACUACAGCAGAAACAGGAGGCAGUGGACGCAUGGCUCGCCCAGGCAGAGGCAGUGCUUAACGACGGCGCCGACGACCCUGAUAGCCUCAUCAGGAAACACAAAAAGUUCUUCAACCGUGUCGACAAUCGACUCCUUGAUGAAUACCAGAGUAGUGGAAAAGACAUUCUGACCCAACUAGACUCACGGGAACAGGGUGAUCUCAACCAUAGUAUAGAUACAACUCUGGAACGCUGGAAGGCGGUCACUACCCAGGCACCAAUCAGACUGACCAUGCUCGAGUUCCUGGUACCAGAGGAAAUCUAUGUCCAGUGUUUGGACUCGGCUGAGCAGACACUCACACAGGAACGAAAGUCAUUACAGAAGAAUGAAAAUGUCAAGGAAGUGCUCAGGAAACACAGGCAACUGUUCGUGGAGGGUCAGUUUACCCAGACCUGUACACAGUGUCUAGAGAAGAUGCAGAAGCUUGCUAGUGAUGUGGUCAAGCUUGACCGCCGGGAGACGUCACUGCAGGACCGAUACGAUGAACAUGCUGCACGCUGGGCUCGGCUCAAUCAGGCCCUGGACUCUACUCACCUUGAUCUGAAACAGCUUCCAGAAAGAUGGAAGGACUACAAUCAAAAACUUGAGGACUUCCAAACAUCUGUAGGGGUGGUGGAAGAUUUGAUGGAACAGCUCCAGAAUGAAAACCUUACGAGUGAAGAAUAUAAGGACCUGCAAAAUAAAUUCCAGAAAGCGUUGCGGAACAUGCGUAAAUUUGAAGAUGAUGCUUCCUGGCUACAAGAAAACCUCCAAGAGUUACUGAAGGAUUCACCCGAUGCUGAUAACACUGCCGAACAACGACGUCUCCGGGAACUACUGGCUCGUUUCCAGGGGUUACAGCCCAAACUUCAGCCCACAGGGGACAAAUCGGCCAUCUUCUCCAAGGCCUACGACAUCCGUGAUGGCAUUGACAAGCGAGCCAAUUGGUUGGAGGAGACCCAGAAACUUGUGAUGGAUCAGCCGUUUAUUGACGGACUGGAGGAUGCACGGGCCUAUCUACACGAACACGAGAAUAUCAUGACUAAACUUGAGUCGGAACGACCAAACAUCAUGGCUGAUAUUGAGGCUGGUAAAAGAUUACAAAAGGAUCGCAAUGCACCCAGCUUUGUAAACAAGACUGUUGACGACCUGGACAGGAAAUGGAAAGAUACUAAUGAACUUGCCAAAGCGAAACAUGCUAAACUUAAGGAGAAAGUCCGGGAUUGGGAACAGUAUGAAAACCAGAAGGGACAGAUGAUUCAGUACCUAAAGAAGGCAGAGGCCGAGCUAGAGAAGCCUCCCGCAACCACGGGACAGGAACUCGCUCAGAAAGACCUCAACUCCAAGAAGGAACUUAAAAAUGCCCUGAGCAGGCUAAAAGGAAACAUCUCAGAGAUGCAGAAACUAAAUGCUGCCCUGAGUGAGAGUGCCAGUCGGGAGAGACGAGGCCCACUUAAAGGGGAAUUAACUGAUAUUGACAAACGGCUAGAGAACGUCUCCGUGAGACUGAACGCUAAGUUGUCAGACCUGGAGGCAACAAUCGCCAAGUGGACAGAAUACUACAAACGUCUUAAUCACUUCUGUGAUUGGCUGAAUGAAAAGGAGGCUAAGCUCAACGAAGUGUACGAAAACAAAUCUGACGCACCAGAGGAACAGCUGAACAAAUCUAAGGCGAUCGCAUCAGAAGUUUAUGAGAAUCACAUCACCUUGGAGACACUAGAGAAGGAUGCUAAGGGCAUGUCUCAGAACUUCCGGUCCCGGGAGACUGCUGCCCUGCGGACCAAGCUAGCCAGUAUCCGCCGUCAGUGGGAGAGUCUGUGCUCACGCGCCAAGGACAGGAGCUCUGCACUCACCGGGAGCGUAGCCCACUGGCAGACACACCAGAACCUAUCACAGCGUCUGAUGCCUUGGAUUGUAAAGGCAGAGAAGUACUGUGCCACUGAACUCCCCAAAUGUUCAUCUCUGGAGGAGGCUCGCGACCUUCAUGAACUACAUCAGUCUUUCCUACGUGAGUGUGAGGAGCAGUUCCCAGUAUUUGAAAAGAUGAACACAGAGGCUGGCUAUCUCAUGGAUCAGCCCAACAUGGCCAAGGAUAUGGAGGCCCUCCAGAAACGCUGGAACGAUAUCAUCAGUGCGUCAGAGCAGCGCAGCCAUAAAGUUGAUAAGAUGCAUGGUGCAUGGACAGCCUAUGACAAUGAAGUCAACAACUUUGAUGAAGUUCUCGAAAAAUUACAAACACGUCUUGCACAGGAACCCAAUAUCACUUCGACAGAUGUUCAAGUUCUUGAGCAUGAACUUGCCAUUUGUAAGACUCUACAGGAAGAGAUCCGUGGCCAGCAGCCACAUCUGACUGCUUUACAACGACAGUUUGAGCAGGUGAAACAGCAUGCCACGCCCGAUGGUGUCAAGUCUCUCAAAUCAAAACACGAUUCUGUGAAGUCUGCCUAUGAGAAGAUUUCUGAGGACGCCAGUGAGAGACAGGCAAUGCUGAACGCUGCCUUACGUCACAGACAGGACUUCUACAGUCAGCUACAGGACUUUGAGAAGUGGCUGAAGAGGACACAGAGAAAACUGGACACUGGAAAUGAAAUAUACUCAGACGAGGUUGCUGAGAUGCAAUCCAAACUGAAGGCUCUGAAGGGUGAAUGUGUGGGCCAGGAACCGACCUUCAACGGUCUGUCACAGGAGUUUAAGGAUCUGAUGAAAGGCUGUAAUGAGGAUGAGGCUGCUAUUCUGAGUGACAGGUUCGAUCAUCUUAUUGCUGGCUAUACCAAAGUGGAGGACUUAAUUAAGAACCGUGAGGAACUCUGUGAUAACUGGGCAAGUUACGCCACUGACCACAAGGAUACACAGAAUCGCCUCAAGGUCCUACAGGCCAAGUUAGCCUCGCCUGAUAUCACAGAGGACGAGGUGACAAAGAUCAACAAGGAGGUCGAAGGACUCUGGCGUAGUAUGGGACCCUGGGCCCAGAAGGCCGAGAAACUGGACGAUCUCAUGGCCACAUCACAGAUGACCAUUAAAGACCGCGCCACACAGAGGACUCUACACUUCGGGACAGAGGUUCAGGCGAUUGAGAGUAUGUGUGGAAAUGUGUCGACGAAUGCCAAGCAGAAGGAGGACCACCUGGGUGAACUCACACAACUGUGGGAGGAAUUCACCGACAAGAAGGAAGGACUUGUUGAUAAACUGCACGCCCUCGCACAGAAGAUAGAUGGAGCCACUGUGGAGAAUUCCAGCCUCCAGAGCAUCAAGGACCUGGUGCGAGAAAUCGAGGAUGCCAGGGACGACUUGUUCACUUACAACCCAGAGUAUGAACAGCUGCGUGAACUCGGACGACAGAUCAUGCAGGCAGACAUCAGUAAGGGGGCACCUGUUCAGGCGAACCUGUCCGAGGUAAACACGGCCUGGGACCAGAUCCAAGCCUUACUCGGCCAGAAACAUCAAACCUUCUCCGGAGCAGCAAACCUCUGGCAACAGUACAAUGAUGCCAAACAAGGUGUAGCGCGUGUAAUGGAGGAUGUGGAACCCGUCACAUCACAGGAUAUCAUGUUUGCCACACAGGCCGAAGUUAAAAAGUCACUUGACAAACACAAGAAUGCGGAGUUUGAACUACAUGCUAACCAGUCCCAGUUGGACCAGAUGAACAACCGUGGUCUACAGCUGCUUGAGGAACUGAAGAAUGUGCCAAACUUCAAUGUGGCUGUACUAGAACAGGACAUGGACCAGAUCAACCAUACCUGGGAGACUGCAAAUUCUGAUGUUGAGAAUCACAAGGAGAACCUGGAGGCACAGCUGGUGUGCUGGGAACAGGUACAGACCGGCAAAGAAGAGGUCGAGUCCUGGGUCAACACCAUGGUUACCAAACUCGACGACAGUCUCAAACAUUUUGAUGAUGCUGUCAGCGUGGAAUCUUGUCUAAUGAAAUACAAGGAGGAGGCUCCAUAUUUCCAAGAAGUUUUUGCAGAGCUCCAGCAGAAGGUUCAGGACCUGACUGAGCUAAACAAAGACCAUGAGAUCCCAGAGCUGGUCGCCCAACAAGAGGCCAUCGAGGACCAGAUAGAGAAGGCCACAAAUAUGGCUAACAAGCUGGAGAGUAUCAUGACCAACUUCUCUGAUGAGCGAGGCACUCUCGAGAAAGAGGUGGAAAAGGAGGUCAAAUUUGUAAACAAAAUCAAAGACAAGCUCGCCAAAUGUGACGAUGUUUCUGGAACUGAUGAAGAUCUUGUUAAGAGGCUGCAAACAUGCAGGGAAUUACAAGCUGAAAUGGACAGCCACAGGAAAACCAUCAAAGCUCUACAGGAUAAAUCAAACGCCCUCCAGGCCAAAUAUCCUUCAGCAGAAACAAGCAAUCUCGCCAAAGAUGCAGUCGUGCUCACCAAAAAGUUUGAAGCUUCUCGUAAUCGUGCUGACAAGAUUGAGGACACACUGGAGAGCUCACUGGAACAACACUGCCAGGACGCCCAGUUACAGCAGCAACGCUGGCUCACCGCAGCCAAGGAGAAGGUCACUUGGUGUGGGGACAUUGCUGGGGACCGUUACAGUGUGGAGGCCAAACUUGGAACUAUUAAAGAACUCAUGUUAAAUGCCAAAGAAGGAGAGAAGAAAAAGGCUCUGGCAGCCUCUAAGAUUGAUAUGGUCAAGACUGUCCUUCCCAAGGAGAAACAAGCAGAGCUGGAUAGACAGAAGAAAGCAGCAGAGAAAGACUGGGACGACUUGGUCAAACAAAUGGACAGCACACAACAUAAGCUGGAGAGUUCCAUUGACCAAUGGCUGCAGUAUGAUAAUAAGUAUGAAGGCCUCUCCCAGUGGCUGAAGGCCACAGAGGCGAAGGUUCGUAACGAGGCUAGCCUUAAACCGGACUUACAAAACAAGAUGGACCAGUUGGAUCUCUUUAAUGAAAUGGAACAGGAGGUCCUGUCUCAUCGUCCGCAGUUUGAAGCGUUAAAGGAUUCCGCCCAGGAUAUCUCGCGCUCGACCGGAGAUGGACGUACAGCAUCAUAUGCUGGACAGCUCUACUCCAGAUACCAGUCUCUGUCCUCUUCUGUCAAGGAACAAGUUGAGAAGUGUGAGGAGAAUGUAGACGACCAUAAUAGCUACCUACAGCGACACAAAGCUUGUGUGGACUGGCUAAAGUCUGCCAAGGAAAACAUGGAGGAUUGCUCGAAUCUGGCCGACGAUCCUCAGUCUCUACAGGCCAAGAUUGAAACUGUGGAGGAGCUGUUAGAAAACAAAGAACAAGGACUUGGAAAAUUUAACUCGGCUUUAGAGUCUGGAGAAAAACUCUACCCUAACACUUCAAACGAUGGCCGCGAGGGAAUUCGCCGUGAGCUGCGGUCACUCCGCGAGAUGUGGGAAUCCUUCAACGAUGGUCUCAUUGAUACUCAACGUCAACUGGAGAGUAGCCGCAUGCAAUGGUCAACAUUUGAUGACAACUACGACCAGCUGUCCAGAUGGGUGUCAGACAUGGAGGGUCAAAUCGAGGAUGACCAGGCCCUGUGUAACUCUCUACAGGAGAAGAAAGCCAUGCUGCAGCAUUACCGGACCCGUUGCCAAGACAUCAUGUCACAUCAGACGAUGAUCGACAGCAUUAGUGACAAGGGGACAGCACUCUCAUCAACACAGGCCAAGAGCAAGCUGAACCAACUCCACAAUCGCUAUCGCACUCUAUGUGGUAGUGCUCAGGCCCAGGUGAAGACUGCAGAGGGCUUUGUUGACCAACACCAGCUUUACCAGGACAGCUACCAGCAGUGUCGUGACACUAUGGCCAUGAUUAAAGACAAACUGGCCGUGUGCUCAGAGACCACUGGUGACCGGCAGGCCCUACAGAACAGACUGGACAGAGUGCAGGAUCUGAUGACCUCUCUCCGUGAUGGUGAGAAAAAGGUCAAGGCCACACACAUGCAGGGUGAAAAGUCGAUGCCCCAGACAGGAAAACCGGGUCAGGCAACGAUUCAGGCGGAGCUAGAGGCUUUAACCAGCGACUGGGAAGGUGUGGUGUCCCGUCUGGGUGACACUCAGCAGAGCCUAACUCACGCCCUCCAGGCCAUGCAGAGUUACGAUAGCUCGUGUGAGUCCCUCAACAGGUGGCUCCGCGAUGUCGAGGUUCAGAUCAAGGACCACGACCUCAAGCCAUCACUCAAGGAGAAACACGCUCAGGUGGAAAAGUUCAAGACAUUGCAAGCAGAUGUACAGUCAAAGCAGCCGCAGUUUGAUGAACUAUCCAACAUGGCGUCCCAAGUACAAGGGUCAGACACACGUCUGGUCAACUUCAGUACUCAGCUUGGGACAAGAUACCAAAACGCAAAGACCAACAUCAGGGAUAUGAUCGGCCGACAGCAGGAACAUGCCCGGGAACACGAAGCGUACCAAGAGAACUUCGCUGAGUGCUCCGAGUGGGUCGACACGCUACAUAAGCGUCUGCAAGUUUGUGCAGACCUGGCUGGUGAUAAACAUGAUGUGGAGGACAGACUGGCCAAACUACAGGAACUCAUGGUAGAGAAGGAACAGGGAGCAGCCAAGAUCCACUACACUGUAGAAUGUGGUGAGAAGCUGUACCCAAGUACUGCCUCAGAGGGAAGGGACGUAAUUCGCCAGGAGUUACGAGGACUCCGCGACCAAUGGGAACAGGUCUGUGACACGCUCUCCGAUACACAGCGUAAACUGGACACCUGUCUUCUACAGUGGUCCUCGUAUGACGAGAACUUUGAACAGUUCCAGAAAUGGUUACUGGAUACGGAGAUACAGUUGAGGGAGGAUACUGACCUACGAGCCACACUGCCAGACAAAAGGGCACAGCUUCAGAACCACAGGGUGCUUCACCAAGAUAUCAUGUCGCGCCAACACGUGAUGGAUAAUCUGUCGGAGAAGGCCACGAAGCUCUCUCAUUCGUCUCCGGUGACGAAGGUGGGCAAGUUUGUGGAUGAGCUGCACAGCAAGUAUGGCAAGCUAUGUGGGGAGUCGAAGGAGCACCUUGAGGAGCUGGAGGGAGGGGUUAAGGACCACCAGAUGUACCAGGAUACUUACCAGGACUGUCAGGACUGGCUCAACUCCUCCCGGGAGAAAGUCGAGGCCUGCUCAGACACCUCCGGUGACAAAAUGUCUAUCCAGCAUAAACUGGACAGGCUCAAGGAGUUUUCUGAGAAAGUUGAAGAUGGUGACCACAAACUUAAAGCUACCAAAGAGCUCUGUGAGAAAUCAGCUCGAAAGACUAGCCAGCCCGGUCGUGAGGUCCUACGACGCGAGAUGGACCAUCUCCAGGGAGACUGGGAGGAUUACCUAGCCUUGAUGUCACAGGCCGAGGAAGAUCUCGGCAAUGCUCUCGUACAGUGGGGCGACUUUGAGGGCAAAUUUGGUGCAUGUAAUGCUUGGCUCAAGGACAUUGAACUACAAGUCAAAAAUUACGAACUCAAGUCGACACUGAAAGAGAAACAAGCCCAGGUGGAGAAGUUCAAGAGACAACGUGAGGAAAUCCUCACCCACCAACCUGAGAUUGACCGCUUUACUGACGACGCUCAGAAUCUGAUGCAUACCAGUGCAGAUGCAAGACUAAGUACACAAGUAUCUCAACUGACCAAUCGAUACAGAGGCCUUCUCUCGCUCGUCAAGGACCUCAUCACAAAGUGGGAGAAGUAUGUACAGGAUCACCAAGGUUACGACAAUCGUCACCAGGAGUACAAAACAUGGCUGGCACAGGCAACAGAGAAGCUAGACGCCUGUCAACGUCCAGCUGCUGACCAGGACUCGAUGGAGGAGAGACGAGUUAUGAUCCAGAUGUUACUAGCAGAGAAGGAUCAUGGCCUCCAGAGACUGAACUCUACCAUUGAAUCUGGCGAGCGUCUUUAUCCUGACACAGCUUCCACAGGAAGGGAGAAAGUCCGCCAGGAAUUACGCCUCGCCAAAGAAGAAUGGGAUAGACUAUUUAACAAUCUCAACGACGCCCAGCGCCGUGUUGAGUCCUACAUGAUGCAAUGGACAUCAUAUGCUGAUGGCCAGGACCAACUCCUCCGCUGGAUGUUGGAUACUGAGACAGCAUUGACGUCUGAUGUGGACCUCAAAAAUACAUUACAGGAAAAGCGCACCAAACUUCAGACUGUUCGUGCCCUGCUACAGGACGUUUUAUCUCACCAACGCCUUGUCGACUCCGUGGUAGAGAAGGCACAGGGAGUCCUCCAGAGUACAUCCAAUCCGGAGGUCAAGACUUUUAUCACCGAUAUCAACUCACGAUACGAAAAUCUCACCACCAGCUCAAAGGCUAUAAUCCAACAGUCGGAGCAGAACGUGGUGGACCACCAGCAGUACCAGGACUCGAUACAGGCCGCUGUGGACUGGCUCACCCUGAUGAAGGAUCGAGUCAGCAUGUGUUCAGACACGUCCGGCGACAGACACACCCUCAACAAUAAACUUGACAGAGUCCAGGAACUGCUGGCUUCAAUCCCAGAAGGCACUGCUAAGAUCGGUGUGUGUGAGGAGUUAGCGGCUACUACCAUGGAAACCACUGCCCUGAAGGGCCGCCAGGGAGUACAACAGGAAAUGGACAUGUUGAAAAUGGACUGGGACAACUAUACAUCCCAGAUUAAGGGUCUCCACGACGGGCUUGAGCGUGCCGUUCAGCAGUGGGGCAAAUACGAGGAACAUUACGACCGAAUCUCACACUGGGUCAAGGACAUGGAAAAGAAAGUUAAAGAUUGUCCGCUCAAGUCAUCGUGUGAUGAUAAACAACUCCAACUUCAAAAGUUCCAGGAAAAGGCCACGGAAAUCUCCGAGUUCCACCUGGAGAUGGACCAGUUUGUUUCUCUGGAAUGUGCUCUGAUGACAGAAGUGAGGGCUCACCAACGAGAAAUGGAUCACUUUUCUGACGAAGCACAGACGCUACAGCAGCUGACGGGAGAGGCCCGCGUGGGGACGUCAGUCUCUCAGCUCAUGUCGCGCUACCAGACUCUCCAACAAAACGUCAAGGACCAACUUAAGAAAUGUGAACAGAACGUGACGGAUCAUAAACAUUAUAAGGAUCGCCAUGCUGACUGUACACAGUGGCUGAACAAGGCCAAGAACAAGUUCACAACAAGUGCCGAAACAACUGGCUCCAGGAAUGAACUCGAAGACAGACUCGAGAAAAUCCAGGAAUUGGCAACAGAGCGUGAUGCGGGUUUCACCAAGUUGAACCAGGUUGUAGAAGCAGGAGAGAAGCUGUAUCCCAAUACAGCUCCAGACGGCCGUGAAGUUGUACGACAAGAACUGCGACAGGUCAAACUCACCUGGGAAAGUCUGUUCGAUGACCUCUCAGCUGCGCAGCGCAAAAUGGAGGUGGCACUUGUCCAGUGGACAUCAUUUGAUGACAGCUUUGGACAAGUUGAGCACUGGCUUCGAGAGAUGGAAUCACAGCUCGAGGGAUCAGUGCCGCUCCGAUCUACGCUGGAGGAGAAGAAAAGUCAGUUACAGAAUUACAAGGUCCUACACCAGGAUGUACUUUCGUACCAACGUGUGAUGGACAGUGUCAAUGACAAGGCUCAGAGCCUCGUCCAGAGCAGCAGUGACCCACAACUCACCAAGUUUGUCACACAGGCACGGACACGCUACCAGAAAAUCAGUUCCUCCUCAAAGGAACAUGUUCAGCAAUACGAGGUAUUUGUUGCUGACCAUCAACAGUAUAAUGACGCUUAUAACAACUGUAUAGAAUGGCUGAAUGGUAUCCGUGAGAAACUCUCCAUGUGUGCUGAUGUGUCGGGCGAUCGUCACACCAUACAGAACCGACUCGACAAGAUCCAGGGUUAUUAUACUGGCCUGAUAAAAAGUCGUCGUUGUGACAUUGUGGCCACCAAGAUGGAGGGUGAGCCUAAGGUAAAGAAUGUGGUGAGUCUGUCUGAGAAGGUCCUACCCAACACUGCACCCCAGGGUAAAGACAUCGUCAUGAGAGAAACAGACGCUCUGAAGGAUGAUUGGGAGGCGUUCGUCAAUGCCCUACAGAAGACCAAGUCUGACCUUGAGAGCUGUAUGGACCAAUGGAAGGAGUUUGAUGCCUGGCAGGAGAAGGUGUCAGCCUGGCUUAAAGAAAUGGAGGUCAAAGUUCGCGAUACUGAGCUCAAGGCCACAUUGAAGGACAAACAGUCCCAACUGGACAAACUAAAGAAACUUCAUAAGGAGAUGAUUGACCACCAAGGUGAUGUGGACACUCUAAGUGAUGCCGCUCAGGACCUUGUUCGUGUCAGCACAGACACCCGUGUGAUCAGUCAGGCAUCCCAGCUGGGUACCAAAUACCAGACCAUCUACAUCAAUGUCAAGGAGUUGUGUCGUCGCUGGGAGCAGUAUGUACUUGACCAUCAGGCCUACACAUCUUCGUUCAGCCAAUGUAAGUCUUGGCUGAACGAGAUGAGAAAGAAGCUCCAGGCCCAUUCUGAUAUCAGUGGUGAUCGUCAGGCUGUCCAGGGGCGUCUUGGUGAUGUCCAGGAACUUAUGGGUGACAAGGAGGAAGGACUACACAUGCUCCAGAUCGCCCUGGACAACCUCCAGAUUGUACUGCCCAAUACGUCCGUGCCAGGACGUGACAACAUGAGGCGAGAGAUGCAGGGACUUCAGGCGGAGUAUGACGCCUUGUCAGGGGACCUGAACGACCUCAAGACCAAACUCGACGGCACGCUGACCCAGUGGACCGUGUAUGACGACAGUAUUGACCAGCUUGACCGAUGGCUGACCGACUUGGAAAAACAGUUGGAGAAUGAAUCUCAGCAACAGAAUACACUGCAGGAGAAACGACUACAAUUAGAGAGAGUCAAGGUUCUCCAGUUAAAUGUGAACAGUCAGCAGAGUACCAUUGACAAUCUCAAUGACAAGUCAGAGAAUCUCAAACAGACGAGUAAGGAGGCCAAUCUCGGUAACCAGAUCCGGCGACAAGUUGGUCGAUAUGAACGCCUUCUUGGUCGUGUAAAGGAUCAGUUGGUGAAGUGUGAGAAAAAUGUGAAGGACCAUCAAGCCUACCGCGACACAUUCAUGGAGACAUCUGAUUGGUUAGGAACUGCCAUAGAGGGACUUAACGCUUGUAGUGAUGUACGAGGUGACCGGACAGCCAUCGAGGCACAGCUUCAUAAACUACAGGAUGUGUACAGCACCAAUGAUGCAGGCAAAGAGAAACUAGAGCUGACUGUAGUCAAGGGAGAGAUUGUCUUACCAGAGACGUCCGCACAGGGACAGGACCUGAUCAAGGAGGAGUUAGCCAUGUUGUCGAAUGAGUUUGAAGGAUUUGUCAAUGAGUGUGAUGAACUCAAUUCAAACCUCGCUCGCCUCCUGGAAGAAUGGAAUAAGUAUGAGGAACAGUACAAUGAGUUAAGUCAGUGGAUUAAAGACACGGAGACUGACAUGAAAGCCGAUUCCGAGCUGAAGGCAACACUAGAGGAUAAAACCGUGCAAGUGGAGAAACAACAUGGUGUCCAUGAAGAGAUCCUUAACAAGCAGGCAGCAUUUGAUGCUCUGGCUGAGCGUUCACAGACCUUACUUCAGUCUACGACAGACAAUCGUGUGACAUCACAACUCACCCAGAUGAGUUCCCGCUACACAAGUCUCAUCGCCGCCUCCAAGGACCUGUUUAAGAGGUACGAACAGUACACACAGGACCAUGCCCAGUAUGCAGACACCUUCACCGAGGCAGCUACCUGGCUCCAAUCUACACGGGACAAGGUGUCCGUGUGUGCCGACACCUCUGGUGACAAGUUCAUGAUACAGAGCCAGCUGGAAAAACUACAGGAGUUCGUCGUAGUUAAGGAGGAGGGCCAGCUUCUAAUCCACACAGCAAACACAUGGGGUGAGAAAACAAUGACCAACACGUCAAUGGACGGCCGCGAGAUGAUUCGUAAAGAGCUACAGCAACUUCAGCAGGAGUGGGAGAACAUGUUGGGAGAGAUAACAGAUACAAAGGUCAUGUUAGAGUCGUGUCUUCUACAGUGGACCGACUACAACGACAGCUACGACAAAAUACACAAGUGGCUACGUGACAUGGAGAAGCGUCUCCGAGAGACUGAGGCCAAGGUCGACCUUGGUGAGAAGAAGGCGGAACUACAGCGACUUAAGGGACUCUACCAGGAUGUGAUAUCAUAUGAACAGAUGAUUGAGUCUAUUGGAGUAAAGGCCACUGACCUGUCCACCAAAAGUCCGGUCAGCAAGGCAUCCACCGAUACAUCCAACAUAGUCACCAAAUAUGGCGCUAUCAAAGAUCAGGCCCAGGAACUGUUGGCGAAGGCAGAGCAGUGCGUUGCCCAGCACCAGGCCUACCACGACUCAUGUAAUGGCUUCCUGUCCUGGCUACGAACCGCACGGGAAAAACUGGCAACAUGCUCAGACACAUUUGGCGAGAAAUCUGUCAUCAUCACCAAGAUUGAAAGAGCCAAGGCUCUGAUGGCAGAUAUCAGUCAAGGAGCUCAGCGACUAACCGAUGCUACCAAGUCAGGGGAGGCAACUCUCUCAUCAACAUCAGCUACUGGACAAACGAAAAUCCGUCAGGAACUGGCCUCAAUGAAGCGUGACUUUGAGGAAUACCGUACUCAGCUGACAGAUGCACAAGAAGAUCUGGAUCGAUGUGUGACUCGCUGGAACGACUUUGAGGAAAGUUAUAACUCUUUCAACAGCUGGCUGAAGGAGACAGAAAGUUACCUGAGGGCCGACCUUGACCUUAAAUCUUCUGCUGACGAGAAGAAGAGACACUGGGAACAAUACCAGUUGAAGUUACAUUUUUGUAAUUACCUGGAGGAUGUGUUGGGUAAGCAGAGCUCCCUAGACAAGGUGAAUGAGAAAGCUCAAGCUCUACUCCAAACCAAUGCUGACGCCAAGACGUCCCACGCCAUCACUCAGCUCACAACACGAUACCAGGGUGUGAUUGCCCUUUCCAAGGACAUUGUCAAAAAUCUGGAGGCCUACUUCGAAAAUCACCGUUCAUACAGACAAAACCUGGAGGAUUUCCAAGAUUGGCUUCAGGAAACCCAGCAAGGUCUCCGCCAAGUUCAAGACUCGGCUGGAUCUAAAGAUGAUGUGGGAACCAAGAUCAGCAGGAUUGCUGCAAUACAAGCAGCAAUGGAUCAGGGGCACAACUACCUGCGAGCCUUGUUAGAAUGUUCCGAGCGUGUACUGCCCAAUACAAACCAGCGCGGCUGUCUUGUUGUCAAACAGGAGACAGAGACUGCUAAGCUGGACUAUGAGAAUCUCUUAACAGAUGUGUCACAGGCCAAGCGUAGCCUCGAGUCCGCACUGACACAGUGGAGCGACUUCGACCGUCUGUAUGACCACUUCAACAACUGGCUAGCAGAUGUAGAGACCAAACUCAGAGUUGACCCAGAACUGCGUGCUGACCUUCCUGAGAAACGUUCAAGUCUGGAAAAGAGUAGGGCGUUACAAGCUGACAUUGCCGCUCACAAAGACGCUCUCACAAAGUUAGAGGACAAAUCAUCUAAUCUGAGGGAUGGACGUCCCCAGACUGUGGCCUCCGACCUCCGCUCUCGCUUCAACAGGGCUGCCAAUCAAUCCAAGGACCUGACGGAGCGUCUUGAGGACCAAGUACAGAGCCAUGAGGAGUACCGCCGGGCCUAUAUAGCAUGUCUGGACUGGCUCGCUAAUAAUCGACAUCGUCUCCAACGUCUCAGUGACUACUCUGGCGACCGAAGAACUCUACAGGACAGACUGCAGCAGCUCAAGGAUUUCAAAGGUGAGAUGCGACAGGGUCAAGAUAUGGUGAACAAUGCUACACAGCUUGGUGAACGUGUGUGUCAGACCACGGCCCCACGCGGACAGGAAGCCAUCCAUAAAGAGCUUACCAACCUGAAGGAAGACUGGAAUGCCUUUGCCUCCUCCGUUAAUGAGAUGGAGGCUAAUCUAGAGGCAUGUAUUGGGAACUGGCUAGAACUCGAUGAGGAGUACCAACGUUUCCACCAAUGGUCCGAAAAAAUGGAAGGCAAGGUGAAAGGUCUUCAGGAAAAUAAACCCGACCAGCAGCACAAAGAACAGCAGCUCCUGGAAGCCGAGGACGUUUUUGAUGAGAUUCUGAAGAGGAAGGCAGCUUUGGAACAUGUGAAGGAUCGUACAGAUGCUGUAUCACAAAGGAGCUCUGAUCCUCGUCUCUCCAAUAACAUGAUGUUACUGUCAGCCAAGUACCAGGGACUCGUGUCCGCCGCCAAGGGUAUGGUUCACAGACUGUCAGAGAACGCCAAAGACCACAAAAGUUACAACACAGCAUUUGACGAUGCUGCUGAUUGGCUCGCUGAGGUUGAUGAGCGUGUCAAUGCCUGUAAUGACACGUCCGGCGACUGGCACGCUGUCCAGGAUCGCAUGGAUGACAUCAAGGACAUUACGACUAACAUGGACGAGGGACUGAGGAAAGUGAAUCUUGUCUGCGAUCUCGCCGAGAGAAUUCUACCAAACACUUCCUCCGACGGUAAGAGAAUCAUCGAACAGCAGGUGACCGAGCUAACAAACGAGUGGGAGAAACUAAACCAGGCUAUCUCCGAGACCUCAGCCAUGUUAGAAGGUGUUCAGGAUCGCUGGAACGAUUAUGAAGAGUACUAUGGCAGUUUAAUCAAUUGGCUUGCCGAUAUGGAGAACCAGCUAGCCAUGGAUCCCGAUCCUCGGGCCCAACUUGUGGAGAAAAAGACGCAGCUCGACAAAUUCAAGCUGGUAAUGAGUGACAUUGAAAACCACCGCCGCCUCGUCAAUGAAUUAGCUGAACGUGUCGCCAAUCUGGAGGCUCUCAGUGAGAACCGAGAAGUGUCGGAUACACUGUCUAACGUCCAGAACCGAUACGACCGAGUCCUCAGUCGGGCACAGGAGAUUGUGUCCAAACUUGAGCAAGCUUACCAUGACCAUCUGGACUUCCACGAGGCUCAGCAGGACAGCGAGAAAUGGCUGCUGCAGACUUCAUUCAAACUCAUGUCUCACAACUCCCUGAAUGUCAGCACCAUGGAACUCACGCAGCGACAAAUUGACAAACAUCGGGGCCUAAUCAAGGAAAUCGAGUGCUAUCGGUCAACACUGGACGAGGUCUCUCACCGUGGCCGUAAUCUCGUACAGGAUAAUAUCAGAGUCCCUAAGAUGACACAACAGGUUCAGUCUCAGAUGCAGAACUUGGAGGAGAGUUAUCUCAACUUACAGACAACAGCUGAGCAGAUCAGGAAUCGACUUGCUGAUGUCAUGCAACGCUGGCAGGACUACAAGGAUCUUCUGGACAGAAACGACAAGUACCUUAACGAAGAAUUCCCACGUUGGCUCGGUGACUGUGAUGCUCAGGUGCCAGACAACCUACAGGUGGCACAGGACAAACUGGACAACACCAGGGCAAUGUGGGAGAAGUUAAAUGGCAUGAAACAAGAAAUGACAAAUGCGUCCCAUCGUUUUGACAAUCUGGGAAGCAUGGACAGCCUUGACCAAAGUGAGAAAGACGUGCCCUCACCUGUGUCAGUGUUAGCUGACCAAGUGACCUCUGAACUCAAGGAAGCCAUCUCACAGGUCGAGAAGCGUAUGGAAAACGUCCGUGACACCAUCAGUCAGUGGGAGUCGGUUGAUCGGCAGAGGACUGAUUUACGGAACUGGCUGCACAGUAAGCAGGAGGAGCUCCAAGUGAUGGAACAGCGACCUGCAAAACUCCAUGCUGAGGCAGCUGAACUGGAAAUCGCAAAUUUACAGGCCCUGAGAGAAGAGGUCCAAGGUCGAGGACCCGCUAUUGAUGCCUUCCUAAACCGAUAUCGUGAGCUGACUCAGCACAACCCUGCCCUCGUAGACCCGGUGAUGAGGGCCGUACGCGAGGACUGGGAAGAACUUCUCGGACAGAUUGAAAAUCUUCUGGAAGAUAGAGAACAAGCUCUCCAGGGUAACCGCGAUCUCCAGGAACAACAGACCGACAUGGAUCAAGAUUUGGCUAACUUUGUGGAGGAGCUUGAGAAGAUAGAAGCAGCAGACGUUUCUGUUGUACAGAAGUCGGCCCAGCUAAAGAACCUGUCCGACCAGCUCGACCACCGUCGUGAUGCUGUGGAUGGACUCCGGACUAAAUCCAGUGACACGCUCAAACGAGUCAGCCAAGCUGACCGUGAACUGGUUGAGGGACGGAUCAAAGAGAUUGAGAAACGCCAUAGCGAUGUACUGGCGCGUGCCUCCCGGAGUCAGAAGAAACACGGCAUUCUGGGAACCAAUCUGGAGGAGAUUCAGGGCGAGGUGGAUACCUAUAUGAAAUGGCUCAGUGAUAAAGAGGCGGAGCUUACUCAGGACACGCCCCUAGGUUACAGCGUCAAGGAUGCUGAGGCCAUGCUUACUAAACAGAAGGAACUUGUUGCCGAGUUGGAGGCGAGACAGAUGACCUUGGACAAUGUCAGUCACAAGGUCGACGCCCUGAUCCAGGAUCUUCCCCGUAAAGAACGUGAGAUGGUCGAGAAGUGGGUCACGAUGAUCAACACAGAUCACCAGAGGGUUUAUAAACUGGCCGUAGACAAACAGAAACUCCUGGCAGAAAAUGUUGGCCAUCGGGAACUUUUCCAGACAAGUCUCAAUCGCAUCAACAUGUGGCUGCAGAAUAAAGAUCGGGAUGCCAAUAAAUUGGAAACUAUUCGUCUGCAGAGUUCUGAGGCCGAGAAACAACUGGAAAAGUGCAAGGUACUUCUGUCAGAGGUCCAGGGUUAUAAACCAAACAUUGAAAGUUUGGCGAGACAGGUAAAAACUUUAGAGACAGACUGUCCGCCGGAGAGAACCGCCGAACUUCAACAUAAACUUACAGCCGUCAAUGAUGUGCAAUCUCGGUAUGAUGACCUCAAGUCCCUUUUGUUGGAGUCUCAAGGUCGCCUAAAAGACGGCGUAGGUUCUCGAAAGGUUAUGGAGGAAGACAUUCACAAAGUGGAGCGUUGGUGCAAGGAAACAGAGAUGAAGUGUGGGACAGAGCCGUGUGUAGACUGUGCAAUAGAAGUACUGAAUGACCAGUACAAGCAAUAUAAGACACUUGACAAUACAUCCCACAUGUUUGAGUCUCUGAUCAAAGAAAUAAACGACCGUGGUCAGACCAUGUACACAUCCCUGUAUGAACCAGACAAAUUCAGACUUGACCAGACUCUUAAGGCCACUACAGAUAGAUACGAAAAAGUGGAUUCCUUGGUGAAGGGUCGCCUAGCGACGCUGGAGAGUGCAAUAGCUACACGAAGCCAAGUCCACGACGAGAUAGAGAAAGCUCAGGAGAUGUUGAUAGCUAUACAGGACGAUCUUCGUCAGGCCAAUAAGCCUCUGGGUAUCACGGUAGAAGAUGCAGAAAACUCACUCCGCAAAUAUGAAACCAUUGGAGAAAAAAUGGCGACUUACCAGCCAUCUAUAGCCCAGCUGAACCAGGCUGUAGAGCGUCUGAGGAACACCGGACAAAACUCCGAGGCCGACGAGAUCCUUCAGCUGACUACCCAGUAUGAACUUCUCGAGGACCAAGUGGAGCAGCAGUGCCGUAAAUGUCAGCAGGCCAUCGCUCUACGUCAACAGUAUGCUGACCAGAAGGCCAGUAUACAGGCCAUGGCAACAGAGUACAAACAGGAAGUCAUGGACAUUGAGGAACAGGUUCUCCCACUUCCGGUCAAGGUCGAGAAACUCAAGGCUGUUUCUGAAAAGGUGAUCACAGCUGUGCCAAUGCUCACAGUCCUUGGUGACAAAGCUCAACAGUUGAGCAUCGAGAGUAAAACUGAGGAUGCCAGAAAGGUGUUCGAGGAGUCUCACACACUGCGUGACGAACUAGAACAGCUGAAGAAAACUGCUGACAGGAAGUCAAAACAGUGCGAGAUGCUUCAGCGCAACAAGGACGAAUACGAGAAUACCAUAUCAGCAGCAAUUGUCUGGCUGGAACAGAAAGAGGACGUUCUGGCUGCCUGUAAUCCCCUCGACAUGGACACAGUUAAAGUGGACAAUGCCAUGGACAAACACAAGGCAUUGUCAAAGGAAGCCUUGGAGAAACUGGACAUGGUCAAGGAUAAAGCCCAACUAGAAAUGGCUAUUUACCAGAAACUGGACGAACCGUUACCUCCAGCUGUGGUGGAGAAGAUAGACCAGAUUAAAACUCUGGAGGACUCUAUCAAGAAUGCUAUCCAUAAAAAAGAAGCGUACCUUGAUGAGGCGAAGACCGACCGAGAGCAGCUACAUAUGUCAAUGAAACAGAUUACAGAGUGGCUGAGUGGGGCCGAGGACAUGUUGGAUUCAGGAUACGACGGUCUUGAUUACGACACUCUGAACGAUACCCUGAGUGAACAGAAGGACUACUUUUCCGAGGCGAGUAUGUGCCAGGAUGAAAUGGAACAAGUGAUGGAUCUAUCGGAGCGUCUACUGCCAACUCUCGAUAACAACGACCGGGAAACUCUACGCCAGAUGCUAAAAAACACAAAUCAAAAACUAGCCAACGUGAUGGCAGGAUCGGCACGGCAACAACAGUUCCUCGAGCUUAAAGCCGACGAGUGGCGUACCUUCCAGGAGGAUGGGUAUGGGGUGAUCGAGCAGAUCGACCAGAUGGAGGAGGAAUGGGCCGUACUUGAACAUAUGCCUGUCACCACCCCAGAUGCCAUUCACAAACAGGCUAUUGCCACCAAGGAAUUCCUAGUAAAGAUUGAUGAGAUGAGACCUUCCAUCAAUGACCUCAACGACAAAUUUCGUGAGCUGGAAAAAAGUGGUAAUGCCAGCAGCCGAGCUAUGGUCAGUAAACUGAUCACGGAGGUCAACGCCAGGUGGAACAACCUGGUCUGUCAGACGGAGAACAAACAGAUGACCAUGCAGGAUCUCGGAGCUCAGUGGGACGAGUACAACACCCUGCUGUACGCCGUGGAGACAAUGUUACAGGAAGCGGAUGAAUCACUUCCUGUUCUGGAUGUGGAGAAUGCAACAGGACACGACCUGGUGAAAAUGCUCAACGAUACCAAGGCCCUGUGUACCACACUAGAAAUCUCAGGACCAAAGAUCGAUGCUCUAAAGAAGAGUGCCCAGAAUCUGCAAAGGAAUCUGCCAACAGCUGAGGCCAAAGUCCAGAAUCAAGAACAGGUCAUGGCCGUGCUAGAGAGACUUGAAAGAAUUACUGACCAAGCAAAUGAACAAGAAGCUGCAAUUUUGGAGGAGAUAGAUGAUAGAAGUUCUUUCCAGAAUGAGGCUGACCAAACCGUAGCAUGGCUCUCGGAGACAAAACUUGAACUAUCUCACAUGGACCCCGGAAAAGAAGUCUCUGAUGUUAUGGAGAAAAUGGAAAAACAAAAGGUGCUUGAACAGGAGAUUUCCAUUCGUAUGGACCAAAUGCACCACAUGGGUAAACUUCAAGAAACGAAGUAUGCUACCAUGGGAAAAGACAUACCAGUCGAAAUGAAAAUGCAGAUGGCAAGUUUACGGGAACUCGAGGCUGAUGUUGGCAUGGCAAUGAAGGCGAAGGAGGAGGAGCUACAGCACAUCAAAGAGGAUCGACAGGAAGUGACAUCAGCACUGCGUGAUGCAUCAGCCUGGCUGGGAGAGGCGGAGCUUCGUUUACAGGAGCGAAUUAUCAACAUUCCAGACAGUCAGAGGAAACAUCAGGCCCUGCAGGAUGAGUUCUUUGAGUUUAAACAAGUGCUGGAUAAAUUACGAACCAAAGGAAGUGAUUUGAUAAAACACACCCCUGACUCUGUGGAGAAACAGAUUGUACAGAAGGCUCUCGCAGACACCAAUAGACAGUGGCUCGCCCUCCAGGCAAAAUCAGCCGAGCACGCCCACAAACUUGCUACAUCGGAGAAACUGUCCGACGCAUUUGAUGAAGUUGCUGAGGCAGUGAGAACGUGGCUGGAUGGUGCUGAAUCAGUGGUGAAGACCAAACCUCAAUAUGGACACUUUGACAAACUGAGGGAACAACUCAAGCAACACAGGAGACUCGCCCGUGACCUUGACCACAACCAAGGUCGUCUGGCCCACCUAAACUCUCUGUCAAAGCAGAUGGAGGAAGUAUGUGACUCCUCAUCAAGUCGUGAACAACUACAGCAGCUGAACCAACGUAUGUACAACCUUCAGACAGAUGCCUCAGACAAGCUCAGCAAGAUAGAAGACGCGACCGAGGAAAUGGAAGAUUUUGAGACGGAACUGGCCAGUCUCCGUCAAUGGAUGGACAACACAAGGGCACAGAUGACCAUGCGGGAUGCUUCCCUCACUCUCAAAGAUCAGCUCGCCUUACAAGAGAAACUGGUGGAGGAGAUCGAGAGCAACAAGGGGAAAGCACUCCUCGUGUUACAGAAACAGGAAGAGCUCCAGCACAAGGAUAUUGACCGACCCGCGGAAAGUACGGACAAGCUGGCGAAGGAGAUCAACCAGCUCCAGGCGAUGGCACGGGAACAGUGUGCCACGCUGAGAGAGGCUGUCGUCCAACAGGAGCAGUAUGAAGGAGAUCUACUGACAUUGACUGCCGCCAUUAACGAAGCCCAGGACAAGCUACUCGCAUCACCUGUCAAUCCUUCUGAUGUCAACUCCCUUAAAAAGCAGAUUGCGGAACAUAAUGCUCUUGCCAGUAAGAUAAAAACUCAUCAAGCUAAAGUUAAUGACAUUAAUGAAAAAAGUCGGGCACUUACGGAAAGAAGCCUUCUGAUUGGCCCAGACACUGCCGAAAAACUGUGUGAGCUUGGAUAUUAUCCAUCAACCCUGUCAUCGCUCAAAGUUUCUGUUCGGCCAGAAUCUGCAGCUCACGACAGUGGUGUUUCGAUGUCACCGAUGACUUCUUUUGACGCUACCCCUCAGACAUUUUCGGAUGUUGAUUUUUCGAACUCCACGCUAAGAUCAGGGCGUUCUGGCCGAGAGAGGCAAGGUCAUAGGUCAGGUGACCGACCUGGAAUGGAGAGUGCCAAUAGUCUCUCUGCUCGGUCAGACGACACAGAUGUGAUUUUAUAUGAAAGUCUGGAGCCAAUGUAUGUACCGCAAGUACAUUCGGACCGUCAGGGGAGACCACCCCAUCCGCAUCAUGAAAUGAAGCUGGAUUUAUCGUACUGGUCAAAAUCGAGUCCACAUGAUGACCCUGACCAUGGGACAGGUACUGUCCGUUCAACUGACCGCCACUCCUCCCCGCGGAGGGAACGGUCCUCAUCCCCCUCCCCGCGGAGGGUAACACCCCACUCCUCGGACGACAGGUACCACCAGAGGUAUCGGCCUUUGUCUAUGCGUUCCCUCUCCCCCGCCUCUAGCAUACAGGCCAGUCCUCGAGAAUGGAAGAAACCAAAGUUAAUACCUCUGGUUCCGUACUCCGAAAUGGAUAUAUCUGCCAGCGUGCCAAACUUACUACAGCCAACAGAGCUAGAGCCACGAGAGAGAAGUGCUUCAUUUGGAUCAAAACUCUCUCGUCCCAAACCCCAACAACAGCGUCCACUUGGCCAUAGAGGCCAGGACACACGGCUAGCUCAGCUCAACCAAUCAUGGAACUGUUUACAGCAGCAGCUGGGCGUGAGAGAACAGGAACUCCAACAUGCGCUCCACAAACAGGAACGCUACCAGCAGUGUGUUCAGGACGUGACUGCAAAGAUGGAGCGUGCUCACUUACGCCUCAAUAAAGGUUUUCCGUCAAGUUUGACCGAUCUGGACCGUCAGCUUAACGACUACAGGGAGGUACUACAGGACAUUGAGGGUAUCAAGGAGGAUAUCACGCGGGUCAAGGAACGAGGACGACAAAUCGUAGAGAUGUCAGAUCCCGAGGGAUACAAGGCCAUGCAGGCUACACUCACCAUGCUGUCUGACCGAGUAGAAAGUCUACAGGCUAUGGCCGACAAUAAGGGUAGACAACUUCAGAGUGCUGUGAAGGACAAGGAGAAACACAACAUUUCACUGAAUGCUUACAAGAAACGAGUGAGAGAACUUGAGGACUGGCUGGAUGAAAUGAAGAUACGACAGUCGACUACACCUCUCCCGUCGGACGCCGUUGAUUCCCUCAAACACAACCUUCACGAGAACCAGUCGCUACAAGAUGAAAUCAAUGAGAAACUCCAGACAAUAUCUGACCUGGCUGUACAGUGUGACAACCUCUGUGAGAUGGAGAGUCCUACUAACGCUGAGAAACUUAAAUCUCAGUUGACAAACCUUCAGACAGAGCUUGGAAACCUCAAACUGGCCUCGAUAGAGAAACAGGCACCUCUUCGCUCUGCCAUAAAGGAGAGUGAACGCCGGAAGAAAGAAAUGGAUGAAUAUGAAAAUAACUUGAAGAAACUUCAGCAGUGGGUUACUGAUACUAAACAGAUGACAAUGACUCCAGCCCAUGUAGAGCCUCUCAUUAUCGGGGUGGACCAACUGGAUUUACAACAGAAGCUGAAAUCAGACCUGCUUGAGCACCGCCAGUUGGUGCGACAGAUCUCGAGCGAUGCUGCUGGUCAUGAAACUCGAUACUCCCAUCAGCCUCCACCUGACCUCACAUCCAUCAACGAGGAUGACCUCAAACAGAGGUGGCAGGAGAUCAGCUCUGAACUGGCUCAGCGGAAACAGAGCCUUACAGACAUGCUCAACAAGAAAGAUUCCUUGGAUGGUGGUAGGGGCUACCCAGGCUGGCUACCAGCAACUGAGGCAAGUGGCCAACUAAAGGACAUUCGCCAGAGUCUAGCCGAGCUUAGCAACCUCUGGGGGCAGUUACAAACACAGGUGGAAGAUCGACAGGUGAGACUUGACCAGGCCCUCGAAUUCCAACAGAAGUACCAGGAUGCCCUACAGGGUAUAUCGUCCUGGCUGGACCUCGCCGAGAAGAAACUCUUCUCUCCAGACACAGACAUGGAUGCUAGCCAGCAGGUCCAGAAAAAUGAGGCUCUACAACGCGAGAUCAAGCUCCUCCAGAAUGAGAUUAGUCUAAUGGGACGUACGUCCCAGGAUCUUCUGUCUUCCGUUAACAAAGAAAGUCAAGGUCUCGUGAAGGACAGUAUUGCCAACCUCAACAGUCGUGUUCAGAUCCUUGAAGAACAGGCCCGUAACCAGGGUGACAAGCUCCGGCAGAUUGACAACCAGGCCAAACAUUAUCAGGAUGAUUUGAGAACUCUACAGAAAAAUUUGGCUGAGAUACGUACAGCUAUGGCGACGUCCAGUCCAACAGCUUCCCUCGAUCAGCUCAUCUCCAAUAUGCAGACGGCCGAGGCUUACACACAGAUAAUGAGAAUUGAGGCCCAGAUGAAGAAAUGUGAAAACCAGUUAGAAGAGUUGAAGAGGAAGGGACAUGAGUUGGGUGUCCUGGCCCCACAGAUGGUCAGCCCCACGGAGCUGAACGCUCUUCAAUCUACCUACAGAGAGCUGAAACAAAAGGUGAUGGAUAAGAAGGCAGACCUGCUACAAUCGAUGUCCGUCCAGGACCAAUAUGAGAAAAUGUUACUCGACUAUGCAGAGUUUCUAGAGACAGCUCAGGAUAAACUCAAGUCGGACACAAUAACGGCACGAGAUCUGGACAGUCUGAAGCAGCAGCUGGCAGCCCACAAAGAUUUCUUCAGUGACCUGGAAGUUCACCGAGCUAUGUUAGACUCGCUGGCCACCCAAACUGACCAGGCCACACAGAACAAGCAUGCUGCUCAAAACUCCAGACUGACCAAUCUAACUUAUGUCAUACAAGACAAGGCCAGUCUUUUUGGACAAAAACUUGACCGCUUGGUCAGACAGUGGACAGAGGUUAAUGAGAAGCAAGGCCGAUUGGAACGAUUUCUGGACACCAUCGAAGAGGAGGUUCCCACACCAGUCACCAAAUCGGAUUCCAUGGCAACCAUUCAGGAGAAAAUGGCCACCUACCAACGACUACAGCAGGAAAUCACAGAAGAGAAACCCAUUCUGUACCAGGUGGUAGACAAGGGGAAGCAACUCCUGCACAGCAUCACUUGUCCUACUCUGGAAAACACUGUCGCUGAGGCAGGGGAGAGAUGGGUCUCUCUCACCACCAACAUCGCACAUCAGCUAAAAAAAACUGAAACACUUGGAGACCAACUACAGGAAUUUGAAGGAGAGGCAGCUUUAUUCCGAUCCUGGCUCAGCGCAGCCAAACUCAAACUGGGUGACAUCAAGCACCUGUCGGAACAGGAUCAGCAUAGUAUCGCAACGAUUCGUGGCAAAGUCGAUAAACUCCUGGAGUUCCGUAAGGAGGUGGAGGUCCAGAUCCCACUGAAGAACAAGAUCCUGUCUGUUGGUAACCAGCUCUCACAGAAUGCUUCCUACAGCACGGCUGAUUUGGAGACACGUCUGGCCUGGUUCGAGGACCAGUGGGGUCUUCUCCAGCAUGAUAUCGGUAAGGCCGAGGAAUACCUCCAUACGGCCCAGAUGGACCUGAUGCCAUCUCGACAGGCCCUCCAUGAACUGGGGGCGUGGCUUACUGACAUGGAAACGGCCGUCACUGAUGAAAAUCAGCGACCAGUAAAGGACUUAGCUGAUAUAGAAGUCCUGCUGAAAAAAUUCAAGGAUUUUAAGAUAGAGCUACAGAAUAAGCAGUUGACGAUGGACUUUGUGAACCAGUCAGCGUUACAGACGAGUGUACCUGAUGCAGAGGAAGCUCCUAUGUCUGCAGACAAGACAGACUUCGCUGAACGUCUCGGACACCUGAACAAACGGUGGCAGGGAUUGAGUCAGGAUGUAUCCGGGAAACUGAAGACGCUGGAGAUGAUGCACACUAAGUGGAUGGAAUACAACCGAGCCUUACUCCGACUCCAGGAAUGGUUCCACGACCAGGAAGACAAGGUCAAGAGAUACCGCCUUAUAGGUCAUGAGGUCAGCAUUCGCCAGACCAUCAAGGAUUGUAAGAUUUUGGAGCGUACCUUGGCCAGUAAGGAGGGUGACAUUCAGGGUGUGAAGGAGCUAGGUUCACGGUUGGUUACUCUGAGUGAGGACUCUCCUGACUGCCAGAAGAACAUCCAAGUAAGCAUGAACAACCUAGACCAGCAGUGGCGCCAUCUAUCCCAGCAGGUGAAGGAGCUGGAGUCGGUGUUGCUCGACUUCUGUAACCAGUGGCAGGCUUACUCCAAGGAGCUGCAGAACACAAACCAGAUCCUAUCUGAGACUGACUACUGUCUGGGUCGUUACAAUCUAGUUGGAGGGGACAUCACUACCCUCAGAAUGCAGGUCGACAAACUCAGGAGUCUUUGUGGCGAGGUAGAACGAGGUACAACAGGUUACGAUCGGUUUAUAACCCUUGGAAACCAAUUAAUACAAGUCUGUGAAGCACCAGUACGGAAGGAGAUACAGACAACUCUCUCAGAUGUCUCCGGAAAGUGGCGCCGUAUGUGUGGAGAGCUCCAGGACCGAAGUGCGCGAUUUGAGGAUUGUCUACAACAAUGGCAGCAGUAUGAGGAGGAAUAUAACUACGCAAGGCGAUGGCUCGACUCCAAAGAGAGGCAGUGUAACGAGCUCGUGGCUGUACGGGAGGACAGCUCUCAACGUGAAGAGUGUUUACAACAGAGCAAGGCCCUACAGCGAGAGCUGGAUAACUUCCAGUCACGCCUUGGAUCCCUCUACCAGCUCAGCGACACAAUCACCAAAAAUAUGGACACAUCAUCUAUCGUCGGAAUCACAUCACGUCAAACUGCCAUUGAAGCCCGUGUCAUGGCUCUACGUCAACUUCUCGCCAAACAGGUCAAGCUACUUCAAGGGGACCUGUCACAGAGGCAGCGCUUCAAAGAUCUGUUUGCGUCCAUGACCGCAUUCCUUGAUGAAGCUGAGCAGACACUCGGUGAAGAAGAGAUUCCAAGUUCAUCAGAGGAGCAGGCUCUGCAGAGGAGAUACGAUGAGAUAAAUAUCUCACUCCAAUUCAGUAACAAUAUGCCACAACUGGAUGCACUCAAUGACCUUGGCUACAGAAUGGCCCUUAGUGAGGAGAGUUCUAUGGCACUUCGGGAACUGAACCACAAAUUCCAGCGACUGUACAGCGAGACGAAGGAACAGAACAAGAUGCUGCAAGGCAUCAUUCUCAUCCAGCAAGACUUCACUGAGAAGUGUGAUGCGUGGAUGACCUUCCUUGCUCAGACAGAACAAGAUCUGUCUACAGAGAUAGCCGGUAAUCUGGCUGAUCUCACUGACCAGCAGAGGAAUUGUGAGAAGUUUGAGUCCGACAUGUACACCAAACAACAGAUCCUACAUGCCAUCAUCAGUGAUGGACAGAAAAUGAUGAAGGAAGGAAAAGUGGAGGACAAAGAAGAGUUCCAGCAAAAGCUCCACCUAUUGGCUGAGCAGUGGCAGAGUGUUGUCCGACGAGCCAAUCAGAGGAAGGCUAUUAUAGACAAUACAAUCAAACAGUGGCAGGCAUUUAAUGAGCUGACUGAGAGGCUUCGUGAUUGGCUGACGGAGAAAGAGUUUGGAAUGAAGGCUUAUGAGGUUGACUUGGUAUCAUUACAGAAAAUCAAAAAUCUACUGGACAAGGCCAGACACACACAGACGGAGUUUAAACUACAAGAGGAUGUACUGAAGAAGAUGGAGGAUCAAAGUAAAGCUCUGUUACAACGUGCUGAUACGGAUGCUGCUGAUGAGCUGAAAGUCUGCACUGCCCAGCUUCAGCAGUACUGGCACCAGCUGUAUGGUAACCUUGACGACCACUGUCAGAAGCUAGAGGCGGUUCUCAAACAAUGGCAGGAGUGUGAGGAGGACAUCGAAGACAUCCUGGGCUGGCUGAAGGACACCAGACAUAAACUCACGGCUGACCUCCCGACAGCUUAUGACCAGCUCCAGUCAGAGUUACACAAGUGCAAGGACAUAGAGACCGAGUUCGCUAAUGCUGAGAUUAAGCGUGACGCACUGCUAGCCAAGGAAAGGAGACUAGGGGAGGUCAUUCAACCUGACGACCUAAAUGUCCUACAUCAGAGAGUACGACUACUCAACAAACAGUGGGACGAACUCCGCAACCAGGCAGCUCUCCGCGCACAACGAAUCAAUGACAACAUGUUCCGCUGGUCGACCUUCAAUGAGCGUGUUCAUGACCUCAUGGAGUGGAUAGAUCAGAUGGAGGUCAAGGUCAUUUCAACCAAGGAAUACCACAUUGAGGACCUGCUGACUAAGAUGCAGAAGGACUUCCGUGAGGAGAUGGCCGACAGGGAACGAGAAAAGAUUCGUCUGGUGGAACAGGGCAAGGAACUAAUGAAGGUUAGCAGUGAAGUUCGAUCCUCGGACAUCGACAAUAAAAUACAGCGACUCGAGGAAAAAUGGCAACACCUGACCUCCGUCCUCAACUUCAGACAGAGGAAGUUACAGGAAACACUGCUGGCAGUCCAGCAGCUCGACCUCAGUAUGGCUAACCUCCGCAAGUGGCUCUCCAACAUGGAGCAUGACCUCAACGGGCCAAUCAUCUACGAGGUCUGUAAUCGCAGGGAAAUCCAGGAGAAGCUCGGUGAACAACAGGAGCUCCAGACAGAUAUAGAACAUCACAGUGCUGGUGUUGGGUCUGUACUUAACUUGUGUGAGGUUCUCCUACACGAUACAGACGCCUGUCCAUCCGAACUCGAGUUUAACGCCCUACAGACUGCUAUGAAGAACCUGGACAGAAGAUGGCGUACAAUUUGUCAACAGUCACCAGCACGUCGUACAAGGAUCGAGGAGACAUGGGAGCUAUGGCAGGCUCUCUUGGACGACUUCAAGCUGUUUGAUGAUUGGCUCACGGAUAUUGAGCAGGAGGUCAUUGGGUCACCUCGCGACCUAUUGGAUGUCAGUCUGACUAAGGAGGAAGUUAAACACUUCGAGAAUCUGCAGAAAAAAGUCCAUGAAAAACUACCAGACUUGGAGAAUAUCAAUCGUCAGUAUCGUCGCCUCGCCCGUGAGGGUCGCACCGAUCAUGCUAACCACCUCAAACGUGAAAUGCAGGAUGCAAACAGUCGCUGGGACAAACUUCAGCAAUGUGUGUCCAAUAUGACUCGUCAGCUGAAACAGUCGUCAACGCUACGUCAAGACUUUACAUCAGUGCGUGACGAUCUGUACACCUGGCUUAAUGACAUCGACAUGCAACUCACCAACAUAGAACACCUGUUGUCAAUGGAUACGCAGACCAAGAUGGCCGAAACAAGGAGACUUCAGGACGAGAUAGAUGGGAAGAAACCACGAUUAGAAUACCUCGACCAGUCGGCCCUAUACCUCAUACAGAAGGGAGACAGUGUAGACGCUGCCCUAGUCCAAAAAGAACUCGAUGAUUUCAAGGUUUAUUCUCGAAAGGUGUUUGACCGCAUCAACAAGUAUCAGAACAAGCUACGGUGUAUUGCAGAUGCUGAGGAGGAAGAUAAGAUAAAAGCUGACCUCCAGGCACGAGCCGGUGUUGAUGAAAUUGAUCUGUUGGAGCGUCAGUUAAAGGCCCCGGACAGCCUUGACUGGGACAUGCAGGAACUGGAGGCUUACCUUGAAGCCUCACCUCCCGAAAGUCCGCCAGAGAAACGGCGAGCCGCAGGACAGGGAAUUCUACAGCAACGGCCGAUGUCACCAGUCAGAGCCUCAAGGUUACGGAGGUCAAGGUCACCCACAAGGUCGUCUUCACCUCUCAGAACAUCCUCACCAUCUUCCAGAGGACGUUCACCCUUCAGGGAGAACUCUCCUAGUCGCUAUGCCAAUAGGUCGCCUAUCCGGUCACCUCGUAUGGGCUCACCCAGUCGGUCAGACAGUAGCUUCUCAACAGGCCUUUCACGUGAUGAGAGGAAGAAGCGUAUGAGAGAGGAAGUGAGCCUGAGAAGUAGAGAGUCCACGGUCGAGUCUUUACUGGAGAAUCUGGUUGAUGCCCUGGAGGACGCCAAACACAAGCUGAGGGUGGCAGAGAGGGAGAUGAGAUGUUCGACCCCUACAGGCCCUGGUAUUGAUCACAGUGGGGCUGACUACGGUCAAAUUAUGUCCGAAUGUGAGCAGAGCGUGGACAAUGUAAGGAGACUCGACCGACUUGCCAAGUCCGAGACUGGUUUGUCUAUGAUACCCACAGCGGAUGAGGAAGUCCGAAGCGUGCUACAGCGAUGGGAGAGGCUGCAGGCCCAGGCUAUAGAGAAAGACUACCGUCUGUCACAACAUCGUCAGGACUGGGGACAGUUCCGUACUGACCUCGACAACAUGCUCACCUGGCUUGACAACGCGGAGGCCAUGCAGUCUGGUCACACCCGCCUUCCCAGCGAUAUCGUCCAGCUCGACUCCAUCAUCAGACAACACAAGGAUAUUACUUUAGAUCCUAUGAAAGUAGAGGACUUUUUAGUUCAACUAGAAUCAAAGAAAACUAGAGUGCUAUCAAUCAACCUCAUCAGUAAAAACUUUAUAGACAUUCGUACCGAUGAAGGUCGUCUGCUCAAGGACAAAUUACGGCAGAUGAAUCGCCGUUGGGAGGCCAUGUGUGCCCAUGCUACAACACUACAGCAGGAACUACAGGUGGCGCUGAUGCAGUGCCAGGAAUUUCAUCACACCAUACACGACCUGUUGUUAUGGCUGGAAAAUAUCGAGACCAAACUACAACAAAACGAGCCCGUCAACCUCGGGGCGGAUCACAGCGCUCUGUGGUCAAAACUAAAAAAACUCAAGGAAAUCCGAUCAGAGUUACAGGGUAACCAGCCACGUGUGACAUCAUUAAAGGAUACGGCUGACCAGCUGUUGUUGAACACAGACUCGACAGAGAUGGUCAAUGCCAAGGACAAGAUGCACAUUAUUGCUAAUCGUUUGCGUUCCCUACUUCGUCUCUCUUCAUCAUACAUCCUCAGUCUGGAAGACAGACUUGAGAUCCGACCUCACUCAAAACAAACCUCACCAUCACACAGCCUCGAUAUCAGCGGGGACAGUCGCUCAUCAGACUUAAGUACUGGCUCCGUGGGAUCCCGAUCUGUUAGGACUAGUACACCGAGAUUCUCUCCAAGCUACCGACCUGGAUCAUCAUUCCUUCGUAACAGGACACGGUCGCCAUUAGCCCUAUCCCGACAGCUGUUGUACGGACUGGCGCGACCAUUGCUGGGAGCGGGGGCAUCUGCCCCACAUUCGGACAACUUAACCGGACAACCUGAUGAGGACCAUGUUGAUGAGGACCGUGUUUCUAUGGGACUGCUGAGGAGGGCAUUCUGGACAUCACUGCCUCUACAUCUUUUAUUAUUCUUGUUGCUAGGCAUUGCAAUUCUCAUACCCAUCACAGAAGAUGACUAUAGCUGUGAUUUAGUGAACAAUUUCCGGCGUUCUCUCGGACCAAUGUUACGAUAUAUGGAUGGGCCUCCACCAACGUGAUGCUAGCUUGUUAUCAAAGUUUUGUUGUUAAUUGUUACUAUUUAUGUUCAGUAUUUAGAGGCAUUGUCCCAGCAUUGUGGCCAGACUCCAGUGAAGAGUCAGUAAAUACCGUAUUUCUGUGAUUGGACAGUUAUUGUCCGGAGUGUGAUUGGACAGUUACUGUCCGGAUUGUGAUUGGACAGUUACUGUCUGGAAUUGUGAUUGGACAGUUACUUUCUGGAAUUUUGAUUGGACAGUUACUUUCCGGAUUGUGAUUGGACAGUUACUGUCUGGAAUUGUGAUUUGACAGUUACUUUCCGGAAUUAUAAUUGGACAGUAACUGUCCGGAAUAUUAACCAACCAUUACUUGCCAUAACCCUACCAAACUAAUCUCAUCAUGUCGUUAUGUACUGAAUAUAUUAUACAGAUGUGUUACAUACAAUUGUAAGAUAAGUGUUAAAUAGGUCUGUAGAGAAUGUUACAUACAGAUAUAUUUGUAUAUAUAUAUAUGUUAAAUACAACUGUAUAUAUUUAUGUGUUACACUGUAUUACAUAGUUGUAUAUAUUAAGUCAUUUGUUAGUUUUAGUUAUAUAUAUGGUAAUCACUAUGUUUUACGUAUGUCCAGUCAUUUACAGCAUGCUUUAUCGUCCUUUGGAAAACUAAAUCCAUUUUAUAAACACCCUUAUCCAACCUGUAGAAAGUGUUUUAUCCAAUAUGAGAUACAAUGUCGUCCUCAAUUACCAGUAUUUACGGGAGAGUGUUUAGGAGAGAGGAUUGUUCUUUAUUAAUACUCUACUUUGGACUUUGUGAAGGACGAUAACUAUUAGAACUGCCCUAUGGGUUUGAUGUAUAAUUCUACCCAUUGUGAGGACGGCUUAUCACGAUCUUUGUCUCUAUCUUUUGUCUCCGCCCAUUUAUGUUUGAUUAAAUGUUGUCGAAAGUGUAUGGAUCUGAGAGUUAGGUAACAAGCCCCAGACACUAGUGCUUCUUCUGUAUAUAAUGGAGUUAACCUGUGGACCGGGUUUUAUCGUGCAUAACCCUGCCUCGUCUUUAUAAGGCAGCAAUAUCGACUGUGAUAAACUUUUGACAUUAUUUAAUAUUGUCUGUGCAUUUGUUGUAAUAAUUUAAACGUGUUUUAUUCAAUUUUAUUUAUUUAUAAAAUCAUGUGAAAUAAAAUAUAUGCCGUGAAAUCUUUUAAACAUAUUUUGAUUAAAAUAAUUUAAAUAUUCUAACUUUGAAAUCAGUACGUCGUUUGAAAAAUUAGACCUGUACUUUGUAAUCUUAACGACUUUGUUGUAUAAUUUAGAAUGGAUUCCUUGUUUAUAAUAUAGAAUGAGUUCCCAUGCUUUAUGAACGUAUCCCGUAGUGUUCCACUCUCUCUAUAGCCAGAUGUUUUGUAAUUAGUACUUUGUUAUUAUCCUAGCUGUUCAUCAUCUUUCAAAACUAUUUUGUUAAGAAAAGAUAAUAUUAAAUAUUAUAAUACAUUGA